GGUUGGGGUUUUAUUGGUGAAAUCUCUUCCCAAAGACUACGACCUUAUACAGCUGGUUUUGCUGCUGCUUCUACCUGUGUCAUUGGAAUCCUCUUCGGAGUCCUUAACCCCUACAUGCUCAAUGCACACCAGUGGAACUGGGGCCUUAAGACCAGUUGGCUCUUCGCCGGUCUAGGUGCACCAUUCACCUUGGCUAUGUGGUUCCUAAUCCCCGAGACAUCUGGUCGAACUGUCGCGGAACUCGACGAGCUCUUUGAGCGCAAAAUCAAGCCGUAUAGGUUCCACAAGACUACAACCACCACCCAGCGCAUUGUUGAAGUUAACAAAGCCGACGAGGCGUAA